UAUCCGUUGAUUUUAUACAUUUUUCUCUCGCCGCUUCCUCUCUCUCCUCCACGUCAGACUCUCGCUAAUCUGCGCCUCUCGACUCUCUUCGACCACCACCCACUCCUUUCGCAUUCCCGCGAUUGUCUUCCCUCCGCGCACGUUAGUCGCAAAAUUCUAUCCAGUUAGAGAGCUCCGUUUUGGUGCUUUUGUGAACUUUUGUUUCUUUUGCUUCAACAUCACCGGAGAUUUCACUUGAUCGAGGUCCGUGUUCUUCUUCCGCCGCCAUCAAUGUACUGGAUGGAGCCAUGGAAUCUGGUGGUGGUUUUUGUUUGACUUCUAAUUCGGCUUUGAGAUAUGUGUUUCAUGAUCCCUAAUUGGGGUAUCUGGUACUAUCUUCUUGUGGUUGAUGGAAGGGAUUGAUACAUGCGGCCUUGUGCCGAGUUCUGUGUUUUCUUUGUUUGUGGGAUCUGGUUGGUUGCGCUGGUGCUUGGGGUUGGAGCUUUGGGGUUGUAGAUUUGGGGCGCGAACUUGGAACCCUAAUGGGGGAAAUGGGUUGCUCUAAUACUGAAUGUUUUCGGAUGUGCAUCCAUGAUUUAGUUGUUUUGAUAAACAUAGUUACUCUGUUUUGAACUGGCGUUUUGGGAGUUUUGAGCGGGUCGUGAUGAUGGAAUGCAAAGAGAUCAAUUGCAACAAGGAUUGUGGCGUUGGGGAAAGUAAUAGGGGCGGUGGAGGAGCUGGAUUUGUUGAUAGGAGUAAGGUGAAGAUUUUACUGUGCGACAAUGACUCCAAGAGUUCACAAGAGGUUUUUACACUUCUUUUGCGAUGUUCAUAUCAGGUCAUUUCAGUACGAUCAGCUAGACAGGUGAUUAAUGCCUUGAAUGCUGAGGGACCAGAUAUAGAUAUCAUUCUAACUGAAGUAGAUUUACCUAUGGCCAAAGGUAUGAAAAUGCUCAAAUACGUCACGCGGGAUAAAGAGCUGCGACGUAUUCCUGUGAUUAUGAUGUCAGCGCAAGAUGAGGUAUCUGUUGUUGUUAAGUGCUUGAGGCUCGGAGCAGCGGACUACCUCGUGAAGCCUUUACGAACAAAUGAGCUACUAAACUUGUGGACUCACAUAUGGAGAAGACGGCGCAUGCUUGGGUUGACAGAGAAGCAAAUUUUAAAUUUCGACUUUGAUUUGGCGACUUCGGAUCUUAGUGACCGCAAUACAAAUAGCACUACUUUUCUCUCAGACGACACCGAUGAUAACACUCAUAGGAGCAUUAACCCAGAAUUGGACAUGCCCCGUCAGGAAGAAUUGGACAUGCCCCAUCAGGAGGAUAUGUCUUCUGUUGCUGAUGCCACUGCCACGGACCCUCCUGCGGCUGAUUCAUUGCAAUUUCAGCCUAACGUGCAACUUAUCGAUGAAAACCAUAACGGCCCUAAAAAGUGUAAACUGAAAAUCGGAAAAAUCGGAGAGUCCUCUGCCUUCUUUACAUAUUGCAAACCUAAUGCAUUGAAAAGCAACUUUCAAGCACCACCUGCUCAACAAUUGGUAGAGAACCCUCUAUCAUCUGAACCUGAUCAACUGGUAUCUAUUGACCAUUCGCAAGGAGAUGGCUGUCGGAGUAGUAUUAGUGUUCCUGAUUCUUGGUCCAUGGAGAUGUCUAGCAGUCCUCAAACGUUCCAAUUUUCUCAACCAAUGAGCCAUGAUGAAGAAAAGCUACAAUUUUCUCAACCAAUGAGCCAUGAUGAAGAAAAGCUAUCUCAGGUGGUUGAGCAUCCAAGAGACGAGUCUCGACCCGACGCUGCUGGAUUACUGACUCAAACAAAGUAUCCCUUUUAUCUGCCUGGAGGCACGAAUCAAGUUUUGAUACCGCCGUCUACGGACUUCUACCACUGCAAGAAUCAACAUGAUGGGCAAAAUCAUGUGACUGCAGCUGCAAUGCCACAGUACAGUCAUCUUCAUCAUUUCCCUCUUGCAUCUGGGAUGCCCCCAUUUCCAUAUUAUCCACUCAAUAUAUGUUUGCAACCCAGUCAAAUGCCUAGUUCUCAUCCAUGGCCGCCAUCAUUUGGAAACUCAUCCUCCACUGAAGUGAAACUGAGUAAAGCUGAUAUAAGAGAGGCUGCUUUGAUUAAAUUUAGACAAAAGAGGAAAGAGCGAUGCUUCGACAAGAAAAUUAGGUACGAAAACCGUAAACAACUAGCUGAGAAGAGGCCUCGCGUGCGAGGACAAUUUGUGAGGAAUGGAGCAAAUGUUGAUCUCAAUGGGCAACCUUCUUCAACUGGCAACGACAACGACGACGACGAAACGCUCUAAGAGAUAGCUUUCUAGAGUUCCAGGCACAUGAGAGCAGAAUUGUGUAAUAAAUGAUAACCCCCACGAAGGGUUUUGCUGCGCCUGGAGGGUAAUCAGAGCUAAAGGAAGAAAUGAAAGAAGGUAUCCAAGUUACCUUCUAUAUACUAAUCGACUUGGUUGACAGUCCCUGUGGCUCUGUUGGUGGGGAUCUGAAGGCAUGAACAAAUAAUACAACUAUGUGAGCCUUGCAUCGAGACCACAAGCUGCUGGUCGAUUUUGAAGAUCAUUCAGUUAUUUAUGUUUCUAAUCAACAGUUCAUGCUUACAUAUGAACAGAGGAGUAGGCUUCAUACUUUUCUGGAGAAAUUUCUGAUACCUGUAGGAAUGUUUUUUAAAGAGAGAACGCUUCGAAAUUUUACAUUGAAAUGAAUUUACCCCUUCCCCUUAAAUUCGAGUU